AUAAUACAAAGCUUCGUCAAUUGCAUAACUAAAUUCACAUCAAAUGUUUUAGCGCCAAUCAUAAGAUCCCGAAUAGCAGCCUACAUGGAUUUCCGUAAGAGUUCCCGUCAACUUGUGCGUUAAAUCACAUAUCAAUAUAUCAUGGCAAAUUAGCCAAAUUUUGUGUGGGUAAUUGAUGCAUAGGAAAUCGGGCACUGGACGGUAUCGGCAGGGAAUAUGGCGAAUGUGCCGAAGCCUCCGCUCCCUGAAGCAGAUCCACGCUCUAAUAGUAGUUCGGGGCUUCCUUUGCAAUCCCCACGCCCUGCGAGAGCUCCUCUUCGCCGCCGCCAUCUCCCUCCGAGGCGCCAUGAUCUAUGCCCGCCAACUGUUCGACCAAAUACCCCAACCGGACCACUUCAUGUGGAAUACCAUCAUACGCGGUGCCGCCCACACCACUAACCCGGCCGACGCUCUUUUUCUCUCCAUCCGCAUGGAACGGGCCGGUAUGAAGCUCCAUCACCUCGCUCUUCCCUUUCUCCUCCGCGCCUGUACCAUUCUUUCCUCUCCCUCCACGGGCUCCCAGCUCCACGGUAAGGUCACUAAGCUUGGUAUCACCGACGACGCCUUCGUUCGCAAUGCUCUUAUCCACCUCCAUGCCACCUGCGGCGAUACCGAAGCCGCUUCCAUCCUAUUCACCGCGCCUUCGGCGAGGGCGGAUAUUGUGGCUUGGUCUGCCAUGAUCGCGGGGCUGGCCGGGCGAGGACGUUUGGAUGAUGCUCGAAAGCUGUUCGAAGAAAUGCCUGGGCGGGAUCUGAUUGCGUGGAAUGUGAUGAUCACCGGAUACUGUAAACAGGGCCGUAUGGCGAGUGCGCGGGAGCUCUUUGACAGAGUGCCCGACCGAGACACCGUCUCGUGGAACGCGAUGAUCUCCGGAUAUGUACGCAGCGGUGCCGCAGUGAAGGCUAUGGACUUGUUUGAUGAAAUGCGCCGAGCGGACCAGCGGCCCGACGAGGUCACCAUGCUGGGCCUAAUCUCCGCCUGUGCCGAUUCCGGUGCGAUAGACUUUGGACGGAGAAUACACUCCGCCCUCAGCGGGGCGACGGCUGCUGGGGCCACUCAAAGCGUGCUGCUUUGUAACGCGCUGAUUGACAUGUACGCUAAAUGCGGGAUUAUAGAUGGGGCUGUUCAGGUCUUCCGGGCGAUGAGAGAGCGGGACGUCUCUACCUGGAACUCCAUUAUCGGAGGGCUUGCUCUCCACGGCCAUGCUCGGAAAGCCGUCAGCUUUUUUGAAGAAAUGAGAAUCGCCGCGGCAGCGAGGCCAGAUGAAGUGACCUUCGUGAGCGUGCUCGUAGCGUGCAGCCAUGGCGGGAUGGUGGAGGAAGGCAGGGCUUACUUCUCGCUCAUGAGAGACGGGUAUGCCAUAGAGCCUAACGUGAAACAUUAUGGGUGCAUGGUGGAUAUGCUUGGUCGCGCGGGGAGGCUGCAAGAUGCGUUUGGGUUGGUGGAUGAGAUGAAGAGGGUUUGCGGGUUGAAGCCUAACGCGGUGGUUUGGAGGGCGCUUCUAGGAGCAUGCAAGACGCAUGGGAAUGUGGAGUUGGGAGAGCGAGCUAAUUAUGAGCUGCUAAAUAUGUCGAUGGAUGAGUGUGCAGGCGGCAACUAUGUUCUUCUAUCAAACUUAUAUGCUUCUAUGGGGGAAUGGGAUGGUGUGGAGAAGAUGCGCGCGUUAAUGGAUGAUACUGGAGUGAUGAAGGCGGCUGGCUGUACUCUCCUUGUUGAAGAUGGCCGUGCUGUUUAAGCAAAUAGUGGUUGAAGGUUAGAAGUUAUUCUGCUCUCCUGAGCUCUGUGGAAGCAUGCUACUGUUUACCCACGCUAAACUCUGGUUGAGACUACACUUAAUGGGUAAGCAUUCUUGAGUGAGGCUUUCAUAACGUCUAAGCUAUUUACUGUUUUUGGUGCUCACCAUUACUACAUUGCUGUAGUUCCUGAUGCCCACCAUCUCUACAUUUGUGCAGUUCUUCUAGUGGUGGUGGAAAUUGAGCAUUUGUACAGUCCGUUGAAUCUCAAUAGCUAAUUGUGUUCAUCUAGUGCUGAUUAUGGUUCAUCUUUGCUUUAA